AUGGGUCUCAUGGAGAAGCUGCAAGCUCGCCUCGAGCUGUACCGCCUCGAACAGCGUUACACACGCCGUGAGAAACGCACUACUUUUAUCAGCGAAGCCCAAUACGUUGACGGCGAAUAUGUCUAUGCGUCAUCGCCUUCUUCAGCAAACUCAUCCACCACCACAAGUAGCAAGCGCUUCAGCAAGAUGCCUGCUAUACGGAUAAAGGAGCUUGGCCGUAUGGGCACAGGACGAUCGUAA